CCUGACAUUUGGCAUUUGCAAUUGUUGGGUUGUGUUUUUUGCACUUUGAUAUUGCAAUGUUUUUGUGUUAAAAUUUAGUAGCGUAAGAGUUAGCCUUGAUUAGUUUAGCCGAAAAAGUGCGCAUUGUUUUAUGGGGUUUAAACCGCGGUAGAUCCUGUGUCGGUGAAUUUAAUCCAAUUUUUCAAUGGCUGAAAGCAACGGCGAAAUGGACGACGAUAUCAUCAUUAACGACCAAGACGGCCUUCCCAACGUGCACCCCAACCUGCUGGCGGAGGCCGACAUCGACAGCCCCGAGCAUGUGACCGACGACGAGUUCGAGGACCUGCCGACGUCCCUCAUCGUCACCAACAUCCACGACAGUGUCUUCACCUCGCCCGAGAAAAAGCGCGAAAUGGAGAACCUGUUCCGGAACUUCGACCCGGACGUGACAUUCCAGUGGCUGCGCAGUUUCCGAAGACUGAGAGUGAACUUCCAGACGCCCGUGGCAGCCGCCAGCGCCCGCAUUCAGCUCCACCAAUACAAAAUCAACGACUCAGUGAUUACGUGUUACUUUGCUCAACCCGUCACCCCCGUCAAAAACCCCAGCCUGCAGCCGCCAGCCCCCUUCAAGCAGUUCCUAAUCUCGCCGCCGGCGUCGCCCCCCCUCGACUGGGAGCCCCGGCCGGAAGGUGAGCCCAUUAUCAAUCAUGACCUUCUUGCAGCUUUGGCCACCCUCACGCCGGGGGCGUCGCACGAGGUGCACCCCCCCUCCCCCGGCCAGCCCAGCAUCGUGGUGCACACGGCCCUGGGGGCGGACGGCGUGGGGGCCAAAGGCAGGAUGCCACAGACGUCGUGUCCGGAACGGAGUUAAUGAUUUGUACAGGUCUUCAAGGUUAUUUUAAGUGUGAGCUUCAGAGCCUCUCAAUAUGUCAAUUUCUCUCUAUGUAGAAUCUGUCACUCAUUUAUUAUGGAAUUACGUGAUUCAUUUGUUGGUUGUAACUGUAUCAUUAAUUUAACUCAAUGUGAUAAUAAAGGUGUUGCUAAUAAAAGAUAAUUUCCUAAAGUACUCAGCGGGAAUUUGAGACAGGUUGGCCCUGAGUUUAAUGCCAUCAGCUGGCAACUUCAAACAGGAAUCUGUAAUUAUUUAUUGAAGAAAACAGCAACCAAUUUUAUAUUCAACCUAGAUUCAAGCAAUUGAUUAUGAAAUUGGGGUGGAAAAAAUUAUCAGAAGUACUCAGUUUAGAAGAAAUUUUCUUUUUGUAAUUACAAAACUCGAGAACUUCCUUUGUAUGUUUAUUAAUGACAACGAAUUUAAAUGUUUAGUUCAUGCUAGUCUUUAGUCUGUGAUUUUUUCUCUUUUCACCAGAUUAUUUAUAAAUAGUUUCGUAUAUUGUUUAUUUUUUGCUUACAAUCUUUACACGAGUUACGAAAUUCGGUAACUUUAAAAAUGAUAAAACUAAAAUUUUAUUGGUUUAUUUGGUUGUGACAAAAAUUAUCGAUUUAAAGUUGCUGCAGUUUCGUCGAAAACAAUAUUGAUCAACUUUAUGAAUAAAAAAGAGUGUAAACGUACCAAAAAUACGGAUACGUAUUUUGUAAAAUGGCUAUGUAUAUUUUGUAUAGUCGUAAUGUAUGUCCACUGACUUUCUCGAAUUAUUCUGCAAUUAUGAAGCUUGAAAUUACAUAAUUACGUAUGGGAUUAAGUUUAUUUUUAGAUAAUUUGUGCCUGUUUCCGACUAUUUUUCAAGCUAUAUCCCUGAACAAUAGUUCGAACAAUGUCCGUAUCCACCUCUUUAUUUCAAUGGUAAUAAAAUAAACAAAAAGACGUUAACUAUGUAUCUAUGUGUAAAUAAAGUUAUUCGUUGAUAAAUCA